GAAGAAAAUUUCGUGUAAAUUAUUAAUUUUCCAUAAUUGCCGUGACAUUGGCGAGGGCAUUCAAAGUCGCAUCGAUAAGAACUCGUUGAUGAGGUAAUGACCUCUGGCACAGCAAUGAAAUAUUCAUUAUCCCUCGAGCCGGCCGAUCCCAGUCGGAGAAGUCUUCGCGAUGCAUGGGUGUGUGAUUUUAAUGGUGUCAAAGAAAUAAUCACCUCCUGGCGGGUCAACGUACCCGAGGACAAUGUCGGAGCCAUACGUAUCCUUGGUGCGAGGUGAGCCGCAUAUGAAAGUCUGCUUUAAUGUAAAACUAAGAAAGUGUUCGUGAGUAAUACCCUGCUAAUUGUUCUCGACAUCUAAAGUUUAGAGGGUGGUUAUUAGAUCCACGGAGUUCCGGAUACGUCAUAAGGCCAUAUCUUCAAAACACGUGCAACACUUGCAUGGUCAUCCGUGCUGGAUGUAGCACACGUGACUAAAAGUGAAUUAUGAGAAUCCCCCUCCCGCAUAUUGACCAAUCGCGAGCAAGGAAUCCUCCGACUAUUCGUCGUCUGAUUCAUCAUGGAGGUAGUGCAUAUCUACGGCACCCUCCACGAGAACUCAUGCAUUCACGCUCGACCAACGCUGGUCGAAAGAGAGCCGGUGAAGUUGGCUUAUCGUUCGAUGUCCCGUUGCUAUUGUUAGGGACUUUGCGAAACAGGACGAAAUCAAACUAUCCGUGAGGUCCGCACUUUAAUAGAGAUCGUCACAAGUUUAGCAGGGCGAGAAAAAAUGUUACCGAAACACCGUUUAACGUUGGAACAAUGUAUCGUUAUAAUAAGGUAUUCAGUCAUACCGAUCGCUAGCUGGCCAUUACCGGCAGGAUCCAGUGCUUCGGAUAUCCGUUUACGGAGUAUUUGGUGGUGGUUAGCACUCAUCCAUAUAUCGGUAGCUUCAUUGGGCUGGUUAUGGGGCUUGUACACAAACUUGAAUGAUUUCGACUUGUCCAUCAAAAUUUCGGCAGAAUUAUGUGUCGUCUUCUGUGUGAUCUGGAAAAUGUUGAUCUGUAAAAAAGAGGCACCUCGUCUUCAGGGCUUGCUAGACGAAAUGGAUAUGGUUUUGAAGACCGGUACCCCUGAAGAAUUGGACUGGAUUUAUCGGUACUACGACCAACGGUUCUCUUCUCACGCCAUCAUGUUCAUCGGCACCAUUUUAGCUCCUGUGGUAUUUAUUUGCGGACCCGCGGUGUUGUCGCAGCCCCUCCCAGGAAUGACCGCAUUUCCGUUCACCAUAGAGCCGACGUGGAUCUGGGCGAGCUUGUACGUAUUUCAAACCGCAGCGAUCGUGCAGGUCGGAAGUAUGGCUACGGUCGACUUCAUGUAUACGAUUUUGCUAUGGUUCAUCGGUGCGAGAUUCGAACUCUUGUCCACCGAGUUUCUAAACGCACGCAACGAGGACGACUUCAGACGCUGCAGCUCGAAGCAUCAGGUGUUGAUCGAUUACUUCGAUCGACUGAGUCUUACCACGGCUCCUAUGGUCGGACUCCUUUUUUUCGUGAUCACGUUCAACGUUAGCACUGGGGGGCUUGUUCUUGUUCGCAAUCCACCAUUUUUUGUUGCGGCAAAGUUUGUUCUUUUCGUCGUUAUUUCUGCGGUGCAACUUUUCAUAUUUGCCUGGCCGGCGGACAACCUGAUCGAUUUGAGCGUGAAACUGAGAAAUUCAGCCUACGGAUGCGCCUGGAUUGGCAAUUCUCGAAAAAUGGUCAGAGAUCUGAUCAUUGUUCUGCAGAGAUCGCAACGUCCAUUGAUAAUCACCAUGGGGGGUAUCGUUCCCAUAUUGUCGCUUGAAUUUUUCGGAGGCACUAUCGCAGCUAGUUUCUCCUACCUGACGACAUUGCGUGCCAUGGCCGAUAAAUUGUGAGGAGGAUCGGAAACGUGAUGAGCCGAUUUCCAGUGGCAUGUUCGACUCCGACUACUUCCACUCUUUGGCCGUAUUAAUUUUCAACGAGACUUGGGUUUUCGCACGUAUUUCAUAAUCCGAAAGGAACAGUGCCCAUGGAUGGAGUUUAAUUUCAUCUUACCUCAUACUGUCUUAUAUCUAAUACGAUUCACUAUAUAUUGUAGCAACAAAUUUUUGACACCAUUACAAUAAAACAUUUAUG